AUGACGACAGCCACAGCUACGGCGACCGCCGACCCCGCGGCGCAAGGGCAAGCGCAAGUGCACCAAUUUCCCCUCCCAAAGAUCCUCGAGUACCCCGCGUCGACCCCGCCAAUCCUCAUCACACAAGGUGCCGAAGGUCGUCUCUACAAAAGCACUUAUCUCCUACCGGAUAUUCCCUGCGCUCUAAAGUAUCGUCCUCCUAAGCCCUGGCGACACCCUGUCCUUGACCAGCGACUCACGAAGCACCGCAUUCUUUCAGAGGCUCGCAUCCUCGCCAAAUGCCGUCGCGAUGGUGUCCGCGUGCCAGCGGUCUACGCCGUGGAUGAAGUCGCUGGGUGGUUGAUGCUGGAAUGGAUCUCUGGAGGACCUGUCCGCAAGAGCAUCAACGAGAGACUUGGAAACAGGACAGAGGGUAUUGAAAACGAUACUGAGUUGAAAGACCUUAUGCGCAGGAUCGGUACCGCUAUUGGCAACAUGCACAAAGUUGGCAUUGUCCACGGCGACCUGACUACAAGCAAUAUGAUGCUGGAGCCUCUGGCCAACCCACAAGACGAUAAUCCUCUGCACGGGGAGCUGGUUAUUAUUGAUCUCGGUCUUGCGAGUGGAAGUAUAUCAGACGAGGAUCGUGCGGUAGAUCUCUAUGUUUUGGAGAGAGCCUUCGGAAGUACACAUCCCCGAGCGGAAUGUGUCUUUUCAGAGGUGCUUGAUGCAUACAGUCAAACUUUUAAGCAAGCCAAGAUUGUACUCAAGAAGUUGGAAGACGUGCGGAUGAGAGGCCGCAAACGAAGUAUGCUCGGAUGA